GAAUCAGCUUUAUUGAUCAGAUACACUGAUCAGCCACAGCAUGAGAACCAGUUUUAAUGUUGUGGCUGCAGUGAAUGCAAUGGUGCACAGCUGAGGAGUGUUGGGACUAAAUACUGAAUCAGUAAUUAUAUACAGUACUUUUCUAUACAUACAGUGGCUGGUCACAUACAGCACGUUCGUGUCAGUAUUCAGUAUAUUCAUGCACUUUUCUGCAAGCAGCAAACCUCAGCUGUUCCCCAGUUCCACUUUGCUACAUAAACCCUCAAGCUCAACAGUGCUGGGGGUUAUUAGAGAGCAAAGGGGCUGCGCGUUACAAUAAGCGGGAGGAGUUUCCAAAACCCGGCGACACCAUUGGUUUGGGCCCCAGGGUGCUGCGCUGCACAGUAUGCUGGGUGCUAUCGAAGGAAUCUUUGGAGUACGGCAAACUGAAAGUCACUGAGGACAGCCACCUGCACCCUGUGUUUGUUCCUGUAAAGAAUGACGAACACGUACAGGGAUUCAGGCAGGGCAGGUCUGGUAGAUGAGAGGCAGUUUGUGGAUAUAUUGGAGGAGAGGAGGCACAGCAGUGAUCUUGGCCAUGCCCUCAGGACCUUUAACCCGCACCCCUACCAAGGAGCCGCACCCUGUUCUGCAGCUGAACUCAACAAGGCUGUGCUGGAGGCGCAGUAUCUACGCUAUGUGACCAAAGAGAUCGCCAUGGAGACAGGGUCAUCGGUGGAGGAGGUGAGGAAGGAGGCUUGUGGGAUUUUGGAAGAAAUGUCUCAAAACCUGCAGCUGGGUUUUAUCAGGCUGAUGGGCUACACGCUCACCAAGGUGUUCAAGAGACUGUUCACCAGCAUCUUUGUCAACAUGGAGGGCCUCAACAUGCUCCAACAAGCCAUUCAGGAGACUCCUGUGAUUCUAAUGCCCAAUCACAGGAGUUAUGUGGACUUCUUAAUAAUCUCCUACAUCCUGUUCACCUAUGACAUCCCUGUACCUGUUAUUGCUGCAGGAAUUCCUCUUGCAGGGAUGAAGAUGGUGGGAGAGAUACUGCGUCGCUCCGGAGCUUUCUUCAUCCGACGUGCCAUCGGCUCAGACAAACUGUACUGGGCAGUGCUGUCAGAAUACGUCAAAGCCAUUGUCAGGAAAGGAUAUGCUCCUAUGGAGUUUUAUGUGGAGGGGCUGAGGAGUCGCACACUAAAGUCCCUAACACCUAAGUUAGGUAUGAUGCACAUGGUGCUGGAGCCCUACUUUAAGGGCGAAGUGUUUGACAUCACAUUAGUGCCCAUCAGUAUCAGCUACGACCGCGUGCUGGAGGAGUCGCUGCUUGCCCAUGAGUUACUUGGCGUCCCCAAGCCCAAAGAGAGCACCAUGGGUCUGUUGAAGGCCAGCAAAGUGCUUCAGGAAGAUUACGGCACCAUGCAUGUGAACUUUGGCCGCCCCCUGUCAGUCAGACAGCUGUGUCACGGCAAGAUAAACCGCUGCCAGUACAACCUCAUACCCAGAGAUCUUCCUCAGAAGCCCACUGCAGAGGCCCAGGCCUGUGUGAGUUGGCUGGCUCAUCUGAUGGUACGAAUCCAAGAAGAGGGCUCUCUGAUCAGCCCGUGGUCUCUGAUGGCCUGCCUGUUGCUCCAGGCUCCUAUCACAGUCUUAACAGAAGAGGGUCUGCUGUGGCAGCAGCUCACAGAAAAAACCCUCUGGCUCAGGAAGCUGGCACUGGACUAUGGGGCUCGUUUGAACUGGUCUGGACAAGCCCCUGACUCAGACGUGAUGUCGUCCGCCGUGGCCCUUCAUUGCUCCAUAGUUCACCGUAAAGCGGGGCGUGUCUACCUGGUUCAGGAGGAAGAGCUGGCGAGGAAGCGUCCAAUCAGCCUAGAGGAGGGUGUGACGAGGACAGCGGCGGCGGUGCUGAUGCUGGCCUCCUACAGGAAUCAGUUGCUGCACGUAUUUGUGCGUCCGGCCCUGCUCGCGACGGCCAUACACAUCACAAAGAGCACACAGAGGAACGAGCUCUUCACCUUCUUCUGCUUCCUACAGGACCUCUUCUCCUAUGAGUUCAUCUUCAUCCCUGACAAGUUGUCUCAGGACUUUGAGGAGGCAUGCCUCCUCCUGAAGAAAUGUGGAGCAGUCCACAUCAGUCAGCAGGAAGUCACACUUUCAGACAUGGGGCUGGAGGCCUUAUCCUUCCUGCAGGCGCUACUACAACCCUUCAUAGAUUCCUAUCAGGUGAUGUUCAGGUAUCUCUCCGAAGAAGGAGUUAAUGUGUUCACAGAGAAACAGUUCCUACCUGCUGUGAGAAACCUGGCCACAAAGCUCAUCCUCUCAGGUGAGCUUCACACCUACGAAGCCCUUUCAUCCGACACACAAAAAAACGUGUUGUCGGCUCUGCGGAGACUGGAGGCUGUGACAAAGUUGAGGGCCUCUGAGCAGAACGAAUACAAAGUGAACAAAGCAGCUGUUAGAAGAACUGGAGACAUACUUUCUGGGAAAAUCCCACCCCAGAUGCUCCAGACUACACCUGACGCAAGACUUUAGUCUCCAUUGGAACGGAUCCAUCUUCGGUAUCAGCCCACAGUUCUGUUUACCCCUACUUGACCCCCUUUCCCUCUUCUUCCUCAUCUCCUUCCUGCUGUGCCUUUAUACAGCCAUUAGUGGAAGUGCUGCACAGAAAACAUUAUCCUGGGUGCCAGACUUGACCUGGCUGUAUUCCACUCUUGAACGUCCACUACCUCCCCCCUCUCUCUGUCCUUUAACAUCCCUUACAGAUCUAACAGGGCUAAGAUCAUAAAGCCACAAAGACCUGACACGGUUUUGUUUGAUGGCUAUAAUCAGAAUUAGUUGUUGAAGAAAGACAGUUUUACCUGUGGAAGCUUCAUUCAAAUAUGUUGUGUUAAUAUAUUUUUAACAUUCUCUCCUAGAUUUAUUUUUGAUUGACAUGGCUGAUGACAUAGUGAGUGCAAUUAGAUGGUAAACACUGAGUGAUGACACUUGACUGUAUGUACAUGUGAUUCUGUAACCCAUCAAAUGUGAGAUUUCAUUUGUUUGAGACAUUUAUUUGAACUUCUUUACAUCUCAAUAAAUGUAAAACAAAUGUAACAAAA